CUCGGCCGCCGAGCUGAACACCGACGGGUGGCGAUGGCCAAAAAUGUCGAUGCUUGCAGUAUUCUCAGCUUUUCCUGUUUGACAGGUAUAUCUUUUCAGAACCAACGAUUCAGUGUCAACACGAUGGCUUCUGACGAAUGUGAUGCGCUCCAGAAUGACGAAGUCACCGUCCUUGAGUCCAUCUAUCCUACCCUCCUAACGACCCACCCGAAUCCCCAAGGCAAGCCAGGUCGUCUUCUGACUCUCACCCUUCCUAUAACACUCCCAGCAUCCACACAGACACAUCUCUCAUCAACCUUCAAACCCCGACAGAGCACUUCAGAGACGCCCACAGGUACUUUGACUGUCGACCACCUUCCUCCUCUAAUACUUCGAGUUCUGCUACCCCCGAUCUAUCCUCUGUCUUCUCCGCCGCAUUCAAUAUCCCUUCGUGCCCCUCUACCUCAGUCUGAAUCGGUGGAGAAUAAAGGGAAUUGGUUGCCGAAGAGCGUACUAAAGUCGUUCGACAGUAUGCUCGGACAAAUGUGGCGGGAGGAAAAGGAAGCUAUGGGAGAGGGGCAGGGAGUGAUAUGGAAGUGGAUGGAUUGGAUAAUCAACGGCGAUUGUCUAGUCGAAUGUGGAAAGAUUGUAGACGGUGUGCUCAAGUACGUCUUGCAUGCCCAGGAGGGUCCCGGCUGACUCGCCUUAGUCUUGGUGUACCUCCAACUACAGAUUCCUCGGCGUUCCUUGCGUCUCUCAAAUCCUACGAUGCUACACAGAAACACUCUGAGUUUGAAAGAACGGCCUUUUCCUGCUCGAUUUGCUGGGAGAAUAGAAAGGGCAACAAAUGCGUUCAACUGGAAUGCGGGUGUAUUUUUUGCACACAAUGUCUGAGCGAUUGCUGGACGUUGGCCAUCACAGAAGGCACCCUUGAAUCCGUCGCGUGCCCAAGUCCACCAUGCGUCAAGCAACGCGCCUUGCGUGACAAGAUGGACUCUUCCUCCGAUGUCCCUUCAGACCUUCUUGAGAGUGUCGUUGGGCCGCAAUUGAAAGAGAGAUGGGCGAGUCUGAAGGAAAGGAGAAUGGCAGAGAUCGAUCCUUCGUAUACCGUCUGCCCAAGACCGACUUGUCAGGCCGCCGUACCCCCUCCCGCCAUGCCCGAUACACCCACCUCAGCCGCCCCUUCCUCCUCCAAAGUCAUCCGCCUAGCAGACUUCUCAUCCAACCCUGCUGAAUCCGAUCCCGCUCCACCAGAAGCACCGAUAGCUAAAGAAGACCGCUGGGCAGCAUACCGAUCCUGCCCCAAAUGCCACUUUUCAUUCUGCCUCUACUGUGCUUCCACCUGGCAUGGCCCACAUACCGCAUGUUCCUUCCCCCAAGUAUCCGGGAUAGUGAAAGAGUACCUCAGUCAUCCCGAGGGGAGUAUGGAGAGGGCGAGGAUCGAGAAGCAGAAGGGCAAGGCGAAUAUCGAUAGGCUGGUCAGGCAGUGGCAGGAAGAUGAGAUGAAUAGGCAGUGGCUUGAAGGCCGAACGAGAGCGUGUGCUGGGUGUGGUGUGCGUGUGGAAAAGAGCCACGGCUGUAACCACAUGACAUGCGGUCGUUGUAACGCCCACUUCUGCUACCGCUGUGGCGACUCAAUCUCUCCUUUGGACCCAUAUCAGCACUUCAACACCCCCGGCAGACCAUGUUUCCAGAAACUGUUCGAAGUGGAUAGUCUGGGGGAACCCAUCAAUGUUGUAUUGCCUGAACCAGAGGUAGAAGGGACGGGAGAUGAUUUCGACGAGAUGGACCAGUGGGAUAUGAGGUUGUUGGUAGAGUGGUAGUGAGGGACCAGAUAUCUGUAGCAA